GGGAGGUAGGAAGCAUUGCCAUCAAAGAAAGAAAGAAAGAUGAAAGGUGGAAGGGAAUUAUAGUAGUAAUAAUAACAGCAAAGGGGAAAAGCAAAAUUAAGAAGAAAGAGGGGAGGUUGAUAAAGGAAGCCCAUUGUCCAGUUGUUGUUGUUGUUUGCCAUCCAUCCAAAUAGGGCUGGCUGGGACAAGUGGGUGGGUUGGCGUGGGACCCCAGUGCCGCAGAGGUAGAGUCAGAGGACUCACAUCCUUGCUGACAAGAUAUGUUGUACGGAAUGUCAAAACAUCUGUGGCCCAAAUAGAAACAUUAACGACUGACUGUCCCUUUCUCCCAAUCACUCUUCGACAGCGCAUGUACCCCAAUACCACCCCCCUCUGCUUCUGCUUUCACUCAUUACCAUUACAAAUUCGACCCCUACCCCCACUUCCCUUUCCUCUCUCUUUCUUAUUAGUUUCUCGUACCAUUUUUAUUUAUCUCUCCUCAUACAUCUUUCUUUCUAUAUAUAUAUAUAUUCUUCUCUAUUAUUAUUAUUGUUUAUUUUUACUGGCUUUGUCCUCGUUCCCUAUUCUUCUUCUGCUUAUUAUUAUCUCUAUUAUUAUUAUUGUUUAUUUUUACUGGCUUUGUCCUUGUUCCCUAUUCUUCUUCUGCUUAUUAUUAAUUUGUUCUUUCCCAUGUAUAUAUAUGCAACAGAGCCCAUUCUGCUUCCACCCAUUAAACUAAAAACCACAAAAAUAGAAACACACCCACAAUACCACCAACAACAACAAAAACCACAGCACCCUCUUUUUUUCUUCUUCUUCUUUGCCUUGAUUUUGCCUUUUUAUCUUCUAUGAAAUGAACCAAAUUUAGGGUUGUCUUCUCCAAAUUUUUUUUUUUUUUUUUGGCCUUUUGGGUUUCUUGUAAUAGUGAAUUUCUGGUAGAUAAAAUAAUAAUAAAAAAAAAUGGGGAGGGGUAGGGUUCAGCUAAAGCGGAUCGAGAACAAGAUAAGCAGGCAAGUAACGUUCUCAAAGAGAAGGACUGGAUUGCUGAAGAAAGCUCAUGAGAUCUCUGUACUUUGUGAUGCAGAAGUAGCUUUGAUUGUUUUCUCUUCCAAAGGAAAGCUCUUUGAGUAUUCUACGGAUUCAUGCAUGGAAAGGAUUUUGGAACGAUACGAGAGAUACUCAUAUGUAGAGCAGCACUUUGUUGCUAAUGGUUCCAACUCCCAGGGAAGCUGGACUCACGAAUAUCCGAAGCUGAAGGCUAGGAUUGAAGUUUUACAGAGGAACCUAAGGAAUUUUAUGGGACAAGAUCUAGAUACCUUAAGCUUACGAGAGCUUCAAAAUUUAGAGCAACAGCUCGACGUCGCUCUUAAGCGCAUACGAACCAAAAAGAACCAAUUGAUGUAUGAAUCCAUUUCAGAGAUGCAGAAGAAGGAGAAGGCAUUGCAGACCCAAAACAACCAGCUAUCAAAGAAGCUGAAGGAAAAUGAGAAGAUCAGUGCAGCUGAGAAUGCACAAUGGGAGCAGCAAGGCAGUGCUCCAAACUCAUCAACAUUCAUGCUAAUGCCACCACCAACACCGCCACUUGCUUCUCUAACCAUCGGUGGUGCUUUCCAGGCAAGAGAAGCCAUAGAUGAGGAUGCUGUAGAACAAACUCGACCCGUCACCAACGCGCUUAUGCCACCAUGGAUGGUUCACCGUAUGAACAAAUAAAAGGCCAUUGAGACUCUUUUCCAGCUAGUUAAGUAGUACUACAGCAUAAAUAUGAAGGGUUAAAUGGAAACCGAAGAUAUAUAUUAUCAUCCUAAAUUCAAUAGCCACUACUCUGUAAAGCUUAUAUAUCGCUAUUUAACUAUUGUUGGAAAAUUUUUAAGAGGGGGAAGAUCAUAUUUAUAUUUAGCAUGUCGGUUGUAUAUGUCCUAUUUGUACUUGAUGCACAAGGUAUCUGACUUGGUAUUAGCAUGGAAGCUAUCAUAAUAAAUUCGUAUUUAAUCAGUCAGUAAA